AUGUGGUGGCAGCUCGCGGUCUGGGCCUCUCUUGCGCAAGGGGUCGUCGGCCUCUCGGCGUACGACUACAACACUCCCGGGGCGCAGCAGGUGCGCUUCUGGCUCAACGACGGGGAUGGGGACGGGGACGUCUCGGUAACGCAGAUGCCGUUCCUGACGGGGACCGGCUUCGCGACGCUACCCGUCACCGACUGCUUCGCCGACGACGACUCGGAGGCGUCGCGGUACGACAUUGCCAUCCUUGGGGCGCCCCACGACACGACGACAACCGGCCGUCCCGGCGCCCGGUUCGGCCCGCCGGCUAUUCGCCUCGGCAGCAACCAAAAGACCUACGGACUCAGCGUAUACACGGGCCGCGAUGCCUUGAAGGACUGGGCCACCGUCGUCGACUGCGGCGACGCCAAGAUGACGUGGCUGGACAACCGCCACGCGCUCAAGACGCUCGAGCACGCGCACAGGAAGAUCUCGGGCCGCCCGGCCAAGAGCGGUGAGAGGUCCAGCGUCCCGCGCAUCAUCACGCUCGGCGGCGAUCACACAACGACCCUGGCGGCGCUCCGGGCGACGGAGAAGCACUGGGGGCCCGUGUCGGUCGUUCACUUCGACAGUCACAUCGACACCUGGGAUCCGAAGCAGCUAGGUGGCGGCGUAUCCGACUAUGCCGCCCUAAACCACGGCACAUUCCUCCAUUUCGCUCACGAAGAGAACUUGAUUCUCAACUCUUCCAUCCAUGCCGGCAUCCGCGCCCAGGUCAGCGACGAGUCCGACAUGCGGCACGACAAGGAGUGCGGCUUCCACAGCAUCACCGCGCGCGACAUUGACUUCAUCGGCAUCCGCGGCGUCAUCGACCGCAUCCGCGAGAGCGUAAAGGGCACGCGCGUCUACAUCAGCGUCGACAUUGACGUGCUCGACCCUGCUUUUGCUCCAGCGACCGGGACGCCAGAGGUGGGUGGGUGGUCGUCGCGCGAGCUGGGCACCAUCCUGGCCGGUCUGGAAGGGCUGGAGAUUAUCGGGGGAGAUGUCGUCGAGGUUGCGCCGCCGUACGACAACAAUGCGGCGACGACGGCGCUGGCGGCUGCCGAGAUCGCCUUUGGGCUUCUGGAGCUCAUGGUAUCUACGCCUGUCAAAGUUUAG